AUGGCAAAAAAAAAUCCCGAGUCCCCGUACAAAGCGAUAGCAGAAAGCAUCUCGGCACGUGACCCCCUUUCAUAUCCGGGUAGCACCGACCGGGGAAAUAACACGAGGGAAAAAACAGGAAAAACAGGAAAAAUAACCCCGCGGCCUGUACAUCCCCGGCCACAUACAAUGGGCGUACGUCCGUUAACCCCGUUCUCUCCGUCCCCUCUCCCCCUUUCCGCUCAGCACGGCGCUAUAAACCGGUUCUUGCAGCGAGCGAGAGAGAGAGCCCGCACGCGCUUGCAUAAUCUGUUGCACCCUUGCGUGCCCCGGUGCCGGCCGCUGCACAGAGAGGGCCGUGGACGGGAAGAGUGCUUCUGCUCCUGCAACGUGGGGCGUGUGGGGGACCCGCAUUUCCCGAUGCCCUUCCAGCGAGAAGAGAGAAGAGUGGUGUGUUCAGCACAGUUCCACUCAGCUGUCAGCGAGAACAUUCGCGGGUUUUGA